AUGUCGAUCGACUCGCCCACCCUCCAUGGUCUCAAGCUGAUAAGUACCCAGGCGGAUAAUCAUCGUAAUGCGAUAUGGUCCUUCCCAGUUGCGCACCAGCUUGCCCCUUUCGUUGGGCUUACUAGCAUCCCUUCUUCGGUUAAUUUGGAAAGCAUAUCAGCAUCAGUAUUUUGUGAUUGGUCAUCAAGAAUGGCGAAGAGACGCCAAUGAAAAAGGUUGCAUUGGGGAGAAACUCGUCCCAAAGACCGAAGACGAAUUUGAUGCCGAAGACAUUAAAAAGGUAGAGAACAAUGCAAAGGCUAUUAAAAUUCUCUACUGCGUAGUCAACCCCGACGAUUAUCGAAAGAUCUCUUACUGCACAAUCGCUAAGGAGAUGUGGGACAAGCUUGAGGUAACUUACGAAGGCACGAACCAAGUUCGGGAAGCCAAAAUUGACUUUCUCACGCAGGAGUACGAGAUGUUCAAGAUGAAACAAGGCGAGAAGAUCGAUGAUAUGUUUGAUCGCUUCUCGAAGAUCAUCAAUGAUCUUCAUGCCCUCAAGAAGACGUACGCCAACAAGGAUCUUAAGAAGGGGAUAGCUCUCAAAGCCACCAAGGAACCGGUGGAAGAAGUCUCAAGCGACGAUGACGAGUUCGGACUCGUCAUCAAGGAGUUCCACAAGUUCAUGAAGAAGGAAUUUGAGCGCAAAGGAAAGAAGCAUGACGGUCCCCCGACGUGCUAUUGCUGUGGCGAGAUAGGCCACAUCAAGCCGAGGUGUCCAAGAGGCAAAAACGGCAAGGACAAGUUCGGCUUCAAAAAGCAAAGAGCGUAUAUCUCUUGGGGUGGCGACUCCGGCGACGAGUCAACCGACCAAGAAGAGGAUGAAGCUGCCAACCUCUGUCUUAUAGCACACGAAGACCAAAACGACGAUGUACAAGAGGAAAUCAGGAAGUCAGGGGGAACCAGCGAUGGGUGGUUUAUCCCAUCGCUGGGAGGGAAGCAUCUACUAAUCCAGGCUGCCUACCCGAGGAGACGACAUCGCCACAUACGGAGGAGAGGAAUGGAUCGUCAACAACGAGGCAGCCGUCAUUCACGAGCUUGGGAUCACCAACCUCGUCCGCCACAGUGGCGCUCCGACGAUCCACUUGGCCCCGCUGGAGAAGCGCCUUCUUCUCUACAUCAUCACCCAGAUUCUCCGCCCCCGGGACAGCAGCCACACCUCAUUCUUCAACGAGGACUUAAGGGCGAUUCAUACAAUCAUCCAUGGCGCCGACAUCAACUAGGCAAAGUUUGUCAUGAUCCACAUGGCGGAUUGCGCUUCCAUCGGCACCGAGAGGAGCUUGCCCUACGCCUUCCUCGUCAUUACAUCAUCGUCGCCUUCGACAUCCACAUUGCCGGACCAGACACCAAGAUGACAAAGAUUUGGAUCAUUCAAGAUAGAACCUUCCGGAAGAAGUCCAGAGAUCGAGACGGCACAUGCCCGAGUCGUUCCCCAGCCCCCGCCAAAGCCUCAUUGCAAUCCAUAGCCGAUACCCUGAAUCGGCUAACCCUUACGGUGGACGACAUGGGGCGGUCAAUCGAGCGGAUGGACUGGACGUUGCAGCGCCAACAUCACGACAUGCGGGCGUACUUCCAUGGGGUCAACUACGUCCCGCCGCCCUUCAACAGCACCUUUCUCAGUCAAAAAUUCGAGGGUGGGGAAGAGGACGACGCUUCCUAUGCUCCGUCCUCCUCUCCCGACGAGGAAGACUUCAAAGAUGCGGUCGACAGCGAUCCCAUGGACGUCGAGGAUGACGAAGAUGACGACGACGAUGAGGACGCCAAAUCCUAGACCUCUUACUUAUUUUACUUAUUUUUAAAUAUGAGUGUAUUUUUAUUUUUUAUCCGUUGUAUUCCGAAUUUCCCUUUUUAAUGAAUAAAAGUUUACUUUUAAUUCUCUUUGUUAAUGUCAAAAGGGGGAAGAUAUAAAGGUUAUGCAUAAAUUGAGGGGGAACUU